GCCGCCGCCGCCGCCUGCAGCGAGCCAGAGCCGAGGGCGGGGCGGCCGCUCGCCUUGCUUCCAUCAUGAGUGCAGAGCUCAAUGUCCCCGUGGACCCUUCCCCGCCUGCUUGCUCCGAACCAGGUAAUAAAGGGAUGGAUUAUCGGGACUGGGUUCGUCGAAGCUACCUGGAGUUGGUCACUUCUAAUCAUCAUUCAGUUCAAGCCCUUUCUUGGAGGAAGCUUUACCUGAGCAGGGCCAAGCUCAAAGCUUCCAGCCGGACGUCUGCCUUGUUGUCUGGAUUCGCCAUGGUGGCCAUGGUGGAGGUGCAGCUGGAGAUGCAGUACCAGUACCCGCAGAUGCUCCUGAUCGCCUUCAGCGCCUGCACCACGGUGCUGGUGGCGGUCCACCUCUUCGCCCUCCUCAUCAGCACCUGCAUCCUGCCCAACGUGGAGGCUGUGAGCAACAUCCACAACCUGAACUCCAUCAGCGAGUCGCCCCAUGAGCGCAUGCACCCCUACAUCGAGCUGGCCUGGGGCUUCUCUACCGUCCUGGGCAUCCUCCUCUUCCUGGCGGAGGUCGUGCUUCUGUGCUGGAUCAAGUUCCUCCCUGUGGACUCCAUCACCAAGGAUGGGCCCAGCGCCAAGCUGGGGCCGACCAGCCACACGGGCUGGCAGGCCGCACUGGUGUCCACCAUCAUCAUGGUGCCCGUGGGCCUCAUCUUCGUGGUGUUCACCAUCCACUUCUACCGCUCCCUGGUGCGGCACAAGACGGAGCGGCACAACCGUGAGAUCGAGGAGCUCCACAAACUGAAAGUCCAAUUGGACGGCCACGAGAGGAGCCUGCAGGUCGUGUGAGUAGCCGGACACAUGGGGGGGAGGCGGGGGUCACCUCUGUCAAGGGCAGAAGAGCUGGAAAUAAAACAGACA